AUGUAUAAAGAAUUCCUUGGGGAAUCCCUAUCUAGUCUUAGGUCAAAAUUGGAUCGUAUAAAACGGGAGCAGCGAGAUGCCGCAGCAUCAGUCUCCGAACACAUCCACUCUCGCUUCGACAUGGCCGGAUACACAAAGCGGCUACACUUGCAGUGGAGAACACCGAGUUCCAAAAGCCAGGUCGGUGUCCGUCACGGCGACCUGGCCACAGAGGACAAUGCGUGGAAAGAUGCAGCGGAGAUGACGGUUGUCCAGGCAAUACCAAAUGCUGCAGUAACGGCUGUGGACAUACCUGCCAAGAUCCGGAGUAGAAUAUCGCCAGAGGUUGGUACUUAU